AUGCAUGACAAUCGUACUCAUCCACUGCUGGCCCAAGUGCCCUUGACUGUAUCUCCAUUUGUCUCUCUUCCUACAGCAACUACACUUCCAUACACCUACAAAACACUGCCCUCCUCAUUACCACAGCCUUCAACUGGAGCGCCUUCAUCAGGCGAAGAGAAGACCCCGUACGUCGUCUCUUCCUCGGGACACGCUGCACACCCGGACGAUAUCAUUGCAUCAUGUAAAGCGCUGCAAGCCUACAUACAGAAAGUCCAAGAUGACGCAGACAAGGAGUUGAAGGCAUGGGAUGAGUUUAUUGCGGCGAGAGAUCUUGCAGAAAAGAGGAGAGUUGCUCCAGGCUGGCUAGACAGUGAAGCAAGGAUAUUAGAGCCGGAGAGGAAACCAGAAGCCGGGCAGUCACAGAGUAAUUUGAUGGAUGUUGAUGUAUCAAGUGCUGAGGCAUCAGGUCUACAAAAUGCUCCUGUUGUGGCAACGAAUGGAGAAGGGGAUGAAUUGGAUAGAGCUUUUGGAGGUAUGACAAUACAGAAGUAG